UUUAAAUUUCAGAUAUGCAUCGCUUAGAACUGCAUCGAUAUUAAUCGCUACAUUUAAUGUUAAUGGACGAUCACCUUCGCUUGACGGUAUCCCGAACUGGCUGACCUAUGAAUGGAAUGUCGUGAUUGCCCGGUCAUUCCCGAAAGAUGCCGAUUACGAUCUCAUACGUGAAAUACGACUGGUGGGCAUUUUAUUGGCAGUUUAUCGUCGUGUUGGUAGCAAAAUUAGAUUGCGACCAGCCGAAAUUGACGUCUGUAUGGUGCCAACAGGUCGCGAAGGCAUGGGUAACAAGGGUGGCGUAGCAAUCAGUAUGCAUAUGAACGACACACGGGUCUGCUUCGUGAACGCACAUUUCGCUGCACAUCUGGAAAAAAACGAACAACGUAUCAGGGAUUAUCGGCACAUUGCUAACACGAUACGUUUUCUGAAAAGUGGCAGACGACUUUUCGAUCACGAUGCUGUGUUCUGGUUCGGCGAUUUGAAUUUUCGUUUGGAAACGAAUGGUGGCUUGAACACCGCGCAACUGCGCCUAUUGUGUGCUGAUGAAAACGCAUUCCGAGAUAUGAUUGUUUACGAUCAGCUGAAAGAGGUUAUGCGGCUUAAACUAGCAUUUGAAUACUUCCACGAACCGGCAGUUUUGGAUUUUCGCCCAACCUUCAAAUAUGACUUGAAUUCCUAUGAUUGGGAUAGUAGGUUGGUGAUUUAGCU